AUGGUCGAGAAGUUAGGACCGGACCAAUCAACCAUAUCGGACAAAGCCUUGCGCCGUCUCCGCAGCGAUGCGCCCGUGCUACAGUUGCGAAGAAUGUCGCAGACUCAAGAUGAAGUGCGAUCGGCAAGUCAAGAUUCUCAAGAGCCCACGGAACAGCAGCAGGGUGUCAGACAAGCUCAGCAACCGCAGCCUCCUAUCGAAUCAACCCAGAACAUUUCAGCCGCCUACCCUGCCCUCGACCCUCAACAUGCACGGCAGGAGCAACAACCAGAUCACCUUGUUCCCUCAGAGUCUCGGUUCCGUGAUCAAACAAUGAUACCAGCGCAAGGAUCCGAGGGUGGAACUGCGCUUACAACUAUUCACCAUAGCCACGACAACCUCGACCAACUCGCGAUGCUAUCCAGUGAAUUCGAGCCAUAUACUGUUCAACGCCCUCCCUCAUACAGUUCUGCUUCGGAAAUUGCUGGAAAUCUGUACAGCGGUCCCGGCAUAGCUAGCGGUCACAGUAAUCAUGCCUUGCCAUCCGCUGACGACGCCGAACAGAGUGGCUCCUACGGUACAUUGAUGCUAAGUAAAGGGGGUCGGUCAAAGUAUCUGGGACCAACCGCAGGCAGUGAAUGGUUGAAAGAUUCUGAAACGCAAGAUGUAUCUGACACUCCAUUGGUUACCCGUGCUUCAUCCCCGGAGCCGCCUCAAGCCGCCGUCCAUGUUCAGUCUGCUGCUUCGGCUUUUGGCACCGCCCCUAUUGCCUUUCCUUUCAACACAUCAACAGCUCGUAUCAGCACUCGGGAUCUGCUUUCGCAUCUGCCUCCAAGAGAGGAAGCGUGGAUACUGGUCGAAUCAUAUUAUCGCUAUUGUGCUUGGCACCAUGACGUUGCUCCCAAGACCCGGUUCCAAAAGACAUUUGAUCGUGUCUAUAACCUGUCGGAAGGAGCUUCAUCAUCUCCAGUCAACCCUCAGGAGAUCGCUCUCGUUUACAUAAUUCUAGCUCAGGGGACCAUGUUCAAUAUUGAGAUGCCCAAUUAUGAUCCGUCAGUCGAAGACUGGCUACAUCUCUCCGAACGGGCCUUGGUCAAGGGACGCUUUCUAUCAAACAACAUGGUGGCUGGCUUACAAACUCUGCAUCUAAUGGCUCAUCUGCAUCUGCAUUUGGACAAAGGGCGAUGCGGUGACAAUGCUUGGCCGCUGUGGGGGCUAGUUAUGCGUUUAAUUCAAGCGAUGGGCAUGCAUCGGGAUGGUGCCCGCUGGAACCUGCCCGAGGAUGUCGUGGAAGAGAGACGCAAGGUGUUUUGGGAGUGUAAUGCUGCCGACACCUUCCAGGCGCAUUGUUUUUCAAGACCGUGCGCCAUUAACCCUGAGCAUUGUGACACGGCCUUCCCUUCGGAGGCGCUCAACCUCAACGGGGAAAAGAGCUAUUCCUUACUACGGUUUGAGCUAUCUCAGCUGUCGUCCGAGAUCCUCAAUAUGGCAAUGAAGGUGCGGAAACCCGCGUAUUCCGAUGUCAUCGACCUAGACCUCCGGCUUUGCGAAUUUGAACGCAACCUUCCAUUCUCUUUACGUUGUCGAGCAGCGCUUUUGUCAAUGCCCUCUCGGUACCCUCAGUCGGAGACAGCAAUUGCGGCAUCUCCAGAACCAUCCCGCAGGUCGAUGACCAUAUCCUUUCAACAAACAAAUCUUGCGCUCAACAUCUCCGAGACGAUCAUCAAUCUACAUCGACCUUAUUACGCGAAAGCCCUUUACGACGACGUCGAUGAUCGCGUCAAAUCCGUCCACGCGCCUUCAUUUUUGACUGUGAUAGAACGAUGCGCGAUCAUCAUUGCCAUGGUCACCGACAUCCAUGCUCGAUUUCCGGCUGUUAGCAUUCGGCAGUGGAAUUUUUGGUACCACGUAUUUGGAUCUGCUCUAUGCUUAGGGACGUUGGUCCUCCGAGAUCCAAGCAACUCUAUGGCCAACUUUGUCUUGGCACAGAUCGAUGCAGCUAUCGACUUAUUUACGUCCUUAACACAACUUGGCACCAAUACCCCCAGAUACCACCGUAACCUACAGUGGCUUGUCAAGCUGCGUGCUCGGGCGUCGUCCAAGAUCUCUCGGGCGUCUACUGCGCAAAAGGCCAAUGCGGAGCGAGGCGCGGAUCCGGACGUGAGAAGGAGUAGCGAAGAUCGAGAGGACGGCGAAGAUGUCGAACUGCUUGGGUGGCGCACCAGGCUCAUCGAGCGGGCGGGUCAAGAUCGCCUGACCAUCCGAACGAUUCGCUUCGCAGCGACGCCAACCGGCUCCCACAUCACAGACAUCUCGGGUCAUCCACCAGACAACCGUCAGCCAGUAGGUCCUCAGGGUCAACCCAGAACCGCAGAAAUGAUGAUGCCGAGCGCAUCUCUACCCUUCCUGACUCCUGAUCCAACAGAUGAUCUUCUACGCGACUUCUGGGACCCAAUGCUCCUCCAAGAUAUAUUUGGAUCCUCCCACGAUCAGGCAAAUCUCUUCGGAAACAACGGAUCUGCCUGGUGGGAAGCCGACGCGACCGCCGCAGAGUCGACUCAAGCACGACCCUGA